CUUCAAUUGUGAGUGGCAUGCCACUCACAAUCUCAUGCGACUCUCUUUCGCUCGGGUGGGUGUAACGCGGCAACCCAUGUGUUUCGACAUUUCGGCUCGGGCAUCCUGAGCUUACGUGCUGCGGCUAGCUUUUACAGUGUGCCGGUUGGCUUGGCCACGAGUAGAUGCGCGUGAGAGUUGCGGCGGCCACAACAACGUUGGCAAUAUCCGCAUCAUGGGCGGCGGACAACUCGUCGAUCAUCACCUUCACGCCAUCAACAAUGCCAGCCACGCCGCCUUUGACUCCACUGUCGACGACGACGAUUCCGACAACUUCGCCUCUGCCACCACCCACAACGCCGCGGUCGCCUGUCCCUACUACAUCGUUUAAGAAACCCACGACAUCUGCACCUUUCCCGACAAUAUCAUCACACGAGCCCACGACGGACGAGCCAAUCUCGGACACCCCGCUUACGUCCAAGGCCACGACAACGAAGGAACCGAUCGCACGAGCGACUACCACCGCACCAGCCACAGACAACGGUCGAGAGGGUGUGCUAGCUGAAGUGGAACAAAGUCCACUGAGUCCAUCCGUCUCGACGACGUCAAGCAAAGCCACGACCGUUGACCCACCAACAGUCCAAACCCCUCCCGAUACAGCGCCACAAUCAAGCAUGAAUUCGGCCACGACGUUGGGCCUUCUCGGCGGUGGUCUGCUCGUUUUUAUUGCCGCAGUCGUGUUCAUCUAUUUAUCCAUCCGAAAGAAACUCCACGCGUUGUCUGCCCAAGCCGACGCCGAGUACGAAGACGCACAGUCCCCGCCACCGCCACGGAUAUCGUCCGUGAGUGUCUCAAGUGCGCGCGGCAUUGCAAGGGUCGCGUCCAACCUUCAAGACCUUCCUGGCAGUUGGCGGGGUAGUCAGCGGGGCAGUUUCUCGCACGUUGGCCUCAUCGACCUUCCGUCAAGCGACCGGCCUCCAAUCGACCACCGCGCCUCGUCGAUUCCCUCCGUUCGAUCCGUUCAUUCGUUUCUCGGAAGUUGCGGAGCGCGAUACUCGAGCGAGUACAGCCGCCACGUCGACCCGAACGCCAGGUUUCAUCGCAGCCAAGGCGGGUCCAUUCACAACUUUGAUCCGCAUGCGGCAGCUGUCCAUGGUCGCGCAAUGUCAUUUAGUGGGCGCACUCCAGUCUCCUCAGGACGGCGAAUAUCAAGCGAACAAGGGUUCCCGCUAAGGCGAUCCAACGACUUGCGGGAGUACGUGGAAGCAACUUAUGGCGUUACGUCGUCAAUACCCCGGACGGCGUCUGCGCCCAUGACCUUGUCGUCCAUGGUGGAUGCGCAUGCUCACCCCAUGAACCCUCCAGUGAUGCGUGGGUUUACGGGGGGCUGGGCCGACACAAGGACAGGUUACGUUUCCCACUCUGACUACGACGAUGACGACGGUGUCAGGAACACGUGUGACUUUUGACCCAUCAAGAUAUAUCUAGUAUGAAAUGUAUUCAAACACAAUGGAGGCAAGGUUUCAUGGCGCGUGUUGACCGCACGAUGCUCCAACGGAGUUGGAGGGAACGACCUGAGCCCACUGGAGGUGUUUGUUUGAAUCUACGUGCAUUUGUGUC